AUGGGCGAGUUCGCUGCGCCGGGGGCAUAUGAGGUCCUGGCGACUUCCUUGCAGAGGGACAGGCUAUUCAAUGUCGACCUCGAUAGUGGCUUGGGUCGAAAACCAACCCCAGUGCCUGCUCACUUGUCAAGGGUGCUGUACGUGCCGAGGCAUAGCAUGCUGAAUCUGUCACUGUUUGAUGCUGGAUUGCAGUACAAACAGGCCGUUGACCAUUCGCCCGUCGGGGGAGAAGAGGUGACGGGCAAGGCGCUGAUGGGCAGUCGUCUCUUUAAGACGAGAGUAAAUACCAUGAUUAGAGACGGAGGCGAUAUCUCUGCCACGGUGCACAAGGGGGGUCAGGCGGACCCAAUACCUCACGUCAACAUCUUGCUAUCCGUCACAAGUGAUCAGCACUCAGACACGAUCAACAUAUCGACAACAUACCCACUGCCCCGUCUCGAGAGCAUGGUCGCUGCACUUCACUUCCCGUACUCUAGGUUCUCAAUACCCAACACAGCUUCUGUCUACGAAUGGCAAAUUCACCCUUUGGACCACGGCACACUGCGAUAUACUUUGGCGGAACUGGGUGGCGAGACAUGCCAAGGAGAAACCGAUUCUGGACCACAAGACUCAAACAUCAAGGCUAUUUACCAUCACAUUGGCCAUCAUGGAUCUCUGUUUUUACCACAUAGCGAGGGUGUUUUACUUUUACCAGAAACAGCCAACGAGCAUGAUGGCUGGUUGGAAUUGGUCAUUGUUUCUAGUCUCAUCGGUUUGCUGUGGAGGAUACGAGGAAUGGAAAUCAAGGACGACGAGCCACAGGCGGCCAGCGUGAAGAAGAGACCGUCACUUAUGAAGAGGGUGUUUGGGAGGAAGCAAGAGCAAUGGUGCAGCUUGUUGUCAACAAUCACCACUUCGGGUCCCGACUCCGACCUCGACGACACCGAUACUCGUCUUCCUAUUAUGCCGCUGCUUCCGACUUCUAACGAAAGCGGCGAGCUAAGCGGGAAUUCGACAUAG